UAUGAGAUCAUCACGCUGAAGACCAAGAAGAAGAAGAAGAUGUCCGGCGAGAUCUUCCCCACCGCCAAGAAGGUGCCGGCGUCGGGGCCAGGGGUCACCACGGUGCAGCAGUACCAGCAGCAGCAGAACAUCAACAACAACAACACCAUCCAGAACUGCAACUGGCAGGGGCUCUACUCCACGAUACGAGAGAGGAAUUCGGUGAUGUUCAACAACGAGCUGAUGGCUGACAUUCACUUCCUGGUGGGACCGUCGAGAGGCAUGCAGCGACUGCCUGGCCACAGGUAUGUGUUAGCGGUGGGGAGCUCUGUUUUCCAUGCCAUGUUUUAUGGCGAGCUGGCAGAGAAUAAGGAUGAGAUCAGGAUUCCUGACGUGGAACCUGCUGCCUUUCUGGCCAUGCUGAAGUACAUUUACUGUGAUGAGAUCGACCUGUGUGCCGACACCGUGCUCGCCACGCUGUAUGCCGCCAAGAAGUACAUCGUGCCGCACCUGGCCCGCGCCUGCGUCAACUUCCUGGAGACGUCGCUGAGCGCCAAGAACGCCUGCGUGCUGCUCUCCCAGAGCUGUCUCUUCGAGGAGCCCGACCUGACGCAGCGCUGCUGGGAGGUCAUCGACGCCCAGGCCGAGCUGGCGCUCAAGUCCGAGGGCUUCUGCGACAUCGACGUGAUCACGCUGGAGAGCAUCCUGCGGCGCGAGACGCUCAACGCCAAGGAGAUCGUGGUGUUCGAGGCGGCGCUGAGCUGGGCGGAGGCCGAGUGCCAGCGGCAGGAGCUGACGGUGUCCAUCGACAACAAGCGCAAGGUGCUGGGCAAGGCCGUCUUCCUGAUCCGCGUGCCCACCAUGGGCCUGGACGACUUUGCCAACAGCGCCGCGCAGUCCGGCGUGCUGACGCUCAACGAGACCAACGACAUCUUCCUGUGGUACACGGCGGCCAAGAAGCCCGAGCUGCAGUUCGCCUGCAAGCCGCGCAAAGGCCUGACGCCGCAGCGCUGCCACCGCUUCCAGUCCUGCGCCUACCGCAGCAACCAGUGGCGCUACCGCGGCCGCUGCGACAGCAUCCAGUUCGCCGUGGACAAGCGGGUCUUCAUCGCCGGCUUCGGCCUGUACGGGUCGAGCUGCGGCUCGGCGGAGUACAGCGCCAAGAUCGAGCUGAAGCGGCAAGGGGUGCUGCUGGGACAGAACCUCAGCAAGUACUUCUCGGACGGGUCCAGCAACACGUUCCCCGUCUGGUUCGAGUACCCCGUGCAGAUAGAACCGGACACGUUCUACACGGCCAGCGUGGUGCUGGACGGGAACGAGCUGAGCUACUUUGGACAGGAGGGGAUGACAGAGGUGCAGUGUGGGAAGGUGACGUUCCAGUUUCAAUGCUCGUCGGACAGUACCAACGGGACAGGCGUGCAAGGCGGACAAAUCCCAGAGCUCAUCUUCUAUGCUUGAACUACUUACCGGGGACACUGAUACACACACACACACACACAGACAGAGAAACUAUCACAACAGGGACUCGAUGGCCGUUCUACAUUAACAACAUUUUUUCUCAUUUUUUUCCCACCACAUCACCAGUUAAUAGUUUUUUUCUUCCAUUUCUGAAAAAACCUCUACGUACUUAAGGCACUGUUCUGUGGAUUUCUUUUUGCCAUGAAGUGAUUUUUGUUGGUGUUUCAGCUCGUCCCUGUCAUUGGAUUUAUUCUCUCACAAACGAAAGACACUUUCAUCCACGCAGAGUCUUUCAGGAUUUGCUUUCAAACCCUUUUGUGCUUUCAUGUUUACAAGGAUUAAACAAGUCUUAUUCUUUGGAGGGGAAAAAAACAGAACAUUUUGAUCCAUUUACCUCUGUAGAUUGGAACUAGAAUUAUAAUCAAGAGUUGCCAAAACAAAAUCAAAACACUGGAUGAUAUUCCAUACUUGUACAAACAUGUUGAUAAUGUAAUAUAUAAAUAUAUAGACAUCAUGCUUCAUGGCGGCUAUAUUCUUUCAGCUAAUGAAAACUAUGCCAUGUUACCUAAAGCUUGCACUUGUAUAUAUCAGCAAUACUAACUCAGUGAUGCAAAUUGUCAGUAGUGUACGUAGAUUCAAUCAUAACUCCCACCGUCAACUGUUUAGUCAGCGUAUAGCUUUGCACCACCAAAGGGGCGCCUUGGAACACACGUAAUGAUUAGCAUCUGCACUAGCUUUGGAUCUCUGCCUAUGCAUUGCUUUGCUGCGUCAAGUUAGCGUGAUUGAGCCUACCUAAGUGAAGAAGAGGACGGGGUUAUUUGCUUGUUUGAUUUUCUUGCUGCCGUACUCAAUAACUGAUAUUUGUUUGUCAUUGUUUUAUUUCAUGGUGGUUACUACUAAAAAAAAUGAGGCUACAUCCUACAGAUGCAACUUUGGUUUCUUUGACAUAUACAACACCAGUUGCCAGAACCCGCAUUCAAUACAUUGCCAUGCUGUAAUUGCUUACACUAUUACAAGAUGUGUGAAAUUUCUAUUUGUUGUUGUAUGUGUUUAGUGAGCCUAGAUCCCUCACACCUCCGCCUUCAGACAGGAACUGGAUAGGUUCAAUUAAAAUUGACACUACAGUGUUAUUAAGGGUGAAUUAGUUCAGCUGAAAGAUCGAAUCUGUAAGGUAUUUAAGCAUUUAAUUUAGUGACUGU